AUGCCUGCUACAACAUCCAGUACCGGCGUUGCUGAUGUCAAGCCUGCGUCGACCGCUUCGAAACGCUUCGAGCUUCCGCUCCUAGACUUCAAGUUCGGCUCAUUGACUGACGGAACCAACAUCCCGCCCCCUUUGCCGUCGCCCAAGGAGGAAGCACGAACCCAACCAAAGACGCCUAGCAAAGACGAGGUACCGAAGAAGCAGGAAGCAAGUGGCGUUGCAAAUGGUCAUGGUACAUUCCCCAAAUCCGACGUCCUGAGCACGACCAAUGGCGGUAUCAAGCGCCCAGCAGAUGAAACUCCCGCAUCGCCGACACUUUCGAGUCGCGGCAGUCUGAGACGCCUGCUCAGCAAAACACUACUGAACAACGCUUACGAUGAACAAGGAUCGAUCUCGGGCCAGGGUGUUUCCAGGCCACCGAGCCGGACUGCGAGCACCAUUGCAGAGGACAGGAAGGUGAAACGCAGCAGUGGCUGGUUCCGGCGGUUACGGUCGAAUGACCGUGCGAAUGACCGUGCGAAUGACAGCCAGAGGGCCAGCACUCCCACCUUUGUCGAAGAGGUGAAAACGCCGAAGAAGGCCAUGGGCCCACCGCCGCCGAUGAUUCCAGAGCUCAGCGCUCUGGAGAGUAAAGUCGACACCAAUCUGGGCGACGAUUUAUUCAAAUCCAUCGGGAAAUAA